CUCCGGGCUCUGCGGCGCUGCGGCUGUGACGGCUCCCGGCGCUUCCCGCGGGUGAGCUGCAGCCCGGACGUCAGUCGGUGGGACUCAGACCUCCUCCAAAGAUACAAGAAGAUAUUGGCUGCUGGUCCAAGCUGUGGAAGCUGGAAGAGAAAUGGUACCCAUGGCUGAUAGAUUAUCAAUUCCUGAGGUCUCAUCUGUGAGCAAGGGUCAACCCAAUCAAAGAGCAACAGAGAGGCUUGGAGCAGGCAUGGAUGGGAAGAAAUGCAGCGUGUGGAUGUUUUUGCCCCUUGUAUUUACCCUAUUUACUUCAGCGGGACUAUGGAUAGUAUAUUUUAUAGCUGUGGAAGAUAACAAAAUUUUCUCUUUAAAUGCUCCCGAAAGGAAACCUGGUCAAAAACAUGCACCCUAUAUAAGUAUUGCAGGUGAUGAACCUCCUGCAAGUUGUGUGUUUAGUCAAGUCAUGAACAUGGCAGCAUUUCUUGCCCUUGUGGUGGCAGUUCUACGCUUCAUACAGCUGAAACCCAAAGUUUUAAACCCUUGGCUAAAUGUGAGUGGAUUGGUGGCACUAUGCCUGGCUUCCUUUGGAAUGACAUUACUUGGUAAUUUUCAGCUCACCAAUGAUGAAGAAAUCCAUAAUGUAGGCACCUCCCUAACUUUUGGAUUUGGUACACUGGCCUGCUGGAUCCAGGCUGCUCUGACACUGAAAGUCAACAUCAAGAAUGAGGGUCGGAAGAUUGGGAUUCCGAGAGUGAUUCUAGCAGCAUCUGUUACUCUUUGUGUGGUCCUCUAUUUUAUUCUCAUGGCUCAAGAAAUCCACAUGUAUGCAGCCCGGAUUCAGUGGGGCCUAGUGAUGUGCUUCCUGUGUUAUUUUGGCACCUUUGCUGUGGAGUUCCGGCAUUACCGUUAUGAAAUCAUUUGCUCUGAGUACCAGGAGAAUUUCCUGAGUUUCUCUGAAAGCCUAUCAGAAGCAUCUGAGUAUCAAACUGACCAAGUGUAACUUGCCUCCCUUUAAAAGCUCAUUGGCGGCAAUGGGAGAGAAGGGUGAGGGACUGGCACAGGCACAGAAUGUCACAUAUGACUUCACGACACACAUACACACAAACAUGUCUGUUCACAGCCACAAUCACUAAAGGGGCCUCUUUACAGGGUAGAUUGUUUCUUUAAAGGGGGGGGGGGGACACAAUCUUACACAAGGAUAUUGAAACUCUUGCUCUUCAAUACACACGUGGCAGACCCAGAAACUUUUGGGAGAUCAUGAGUGUUUCUCUCCUUGCCAGUCUCCUUUUUCCAGCCCUCCCCACUCUCCUGUCCUCCUCACCUUUUAUGGUUGCAUCAUUCACACCCUUUCCUAUUAAGCACGGUCAGUCAAAUGGGGAAUGGAGAAGGCACCAAAUCUCUCAGUCUUUCUUCAGGUCUAAGGAGGAGUUGGAACAAGCCAGUCAGAAUCUUCAGAGUUUAGAUCCAGAUGAUUUUCAAUCUUCAUAAUAGAUGACCAAGUAACACUUGUCUGGAUGGAAAUUAUACACAGACCAGUGUCCAAGCAUUUGGGUGGGGGGUGGGUAGAGGAAGGAAUUUCACAGGUGCUGAGCCUGUCAAAGGUAGGGUCACAUGUUCUAAUGAAAAAUUAUAUUUACAAACUAUAGAGAAAAAAUCUACAAGGAUGCUACCAUUGAUGUGGAACAAGAUGAAGAUGUGCUUCCAUGUUUAAAUGCACUUCAAUUAGUCUAUCCUGGAUGGUAUUUUGGGUUCAUUUGUUUCUUGACUUCUGAAAAAUAGCCUCUUUGGAUUCAUCUUGGAUCGCAUGGACAAAAAAGGGCUCUUAAUAUACAGAUGUCUGACUUGUAUUGGACUCAACCAUAACGAGGUCAGAUUUUUAAUUCCCCGAAGGUUCAAUUUACCAGUUUUUCACCCACAUUAAAGGAAGCUAAGACGAUUUCUAGGAAAUUUAUAGGAUUUAUAGGAAAAGUUAAGUUAGAUUAAGGAAAAGGACCAAAAAGAGCUAAAGGCUAUCUCAGAUGAGCUGAUUUACGAAAAGGCGAGUUGUCUUAGUCAAGUUUGAAAGCAAGUGUGCCACUCUUUCAAAGACGCCCCAAUAAUGAAUGUUUAUUCUUUUUAUUCAGUUUAUUCAGACUGUUUAUUCUUUUUCUUGGUGCCCUCAAGAGAUGGAGGAGGCCACAACUCAAACAUACUGUCUAGAAUCCCCUGGAGAGCUCAUGGGAACUGUAGGAUUUCACAGAAUACAGUUUUUAAAACCCCUGUUUUGGAUGCACUGAAAGGAAACAUUACCAAAAAUCACUUUAAAAAACAACAAACAAUGAGAAUUUUUAUUUUAAGAAUGGUGCAAAGGUCACUGUCACUGAGGUGCAGAAAUAAAGUCAAACACAAAAGGUGUUUAGAGAAAAGUGAGUUUGGCUAAAUAUCAGCAUAGACAGGAAAAAUGUCAAACAAAGAAUAGUCUUUUUGUUCAAAGGACAUCUACUUGUAAAUAGUCCAAGGUAACACUCUUUAAACAGGAAAAAAAAACUGCUUUUGUUUUUAUCAUUUUUAUAUUGUACAAUUUUAUCAAAGAGACAAAUGAAGGUUUGUGACAGAUUUCUUUUGCUUUCCACAAGUAAAAUCAAACUUGACUUUGGGUGGUGGGGUAUUGUGUUCCAUGCUACAGAGUCUGUCUGAUGGCUCCCUCUAGCAAAGCCAAGCAAUUACCAAUAUCACACACAGGGUCAUGACCACUAAAUAAAGUGCUUUUAUGAUAAA